AUGUCGUCCAAAGGAAAGAAGCCCGCCGGCAAGGCACAAAGAUCCGCCAUCGCUGAUGUCGUUGCGCGCGAAUACACAAUCCACCUCCACAAGAGACUCCAUGGUGUUUCAUUCAAGAAGCGCGCCCCAAGAGCCGUCAAGGAGAUCAAGAAGUUCGCUACUCUGUCAAUGGGCACAUCCGACGUUCGUCUCGACCCCCAAUUAAACAAGAAGGUCUGGGAGGCUGGUAUCAAGGGUGUCCCAUACAGACUGCGCGUCCGAAUCUCAAGGAAGCGAAACGACGAAGAGGGUGCUAAGGAGAAGCUGUACAGCUACGUUCAGGCUGUCAAUGUCAAGGAUGCCAAGGGAUUGCAGACGGCUGUCGUUGAGGAAUAG